CGUAACUAAACCUUAGUAUGUUUUCAAUGAAAACCUCUUCUGAACAUUCAGCUAAAACGAAAAGAUUCUUGCCUCUAGCAUUACUGACUUCAACCGGCGCACUAGAUGUAUCAUAAUUGAUGGAUGUUUCCACCGAUCAAUUAACCAAUUUACAAUGCCAAACAAAUGCCAUGUAGUUGCAACUUAGAAGUCGCCCCGCGAUUAUUUCACUGUUGGACUUCUGAGCGUUAAACAAUCAACGACAAUAGUAGUUUAAUUGCCGUAACAUGAAGAAAUAAAACAUCGUUAAUACAAAUGAUUAAACAGAACGGCACAACCAAUCGCUAUAGUUGUUUCUUUCCUGACAAGUGACUAAGAAAACCGCUGAUUAUCCAUAUUGAUGUUUCAUCCAAAAACGUGCAACACUUAUGAAUAGGAAUAAAAGAGGAGGGUAAUGACUGCUGUCAGCUGUUUGGCAAAAAUGGCUGAAUAUAAAAGCGAAAGCCCAGUUCCAGCUACGUGAUUAUCCCGGAAUGUGAUAUCCCGGAAAAAGAAUAAAAAAACCCGAAAGUUUUACUAGACAGAAUAUCUCUGGAAAGCCUGUUCGUUUAUUGUUUUAUUUUAAUUUGUUUCAAAGUCGCGAUCGUUGCCAGGUUGCUAUUUUUGUAUAACCGAUGAUAGAUUUACAGUGAAGAAGAAGCGAAUUAUACAUUAAAAAAUUAACCAAACAACCGGCUCAUCACUCCUCUAAAUUUGUUGAUAUAUCAUCAAUCUUACUAAUUCUAUUAAGGCAAAAAACAGCAGCUUGAAGCAAAAUGAAUAUUUUAAGAAAAAAAUACCAUGAUGUGAUACAUUUUCCUGAACAUCCUAGUAUAGAAAUCAAUUAUAGCAAUACAAAUACUUAUACCAAAUGCAGAAGCUAUGACGCGAAAGCAAUGAAUCAGGGAUUUGUUUGGCAUCAAAUUGUGGUACAGCAUAACGGUAAAAUUUGUGGAAGCGAUGCUAAACGGGAUAUAUUGGAUGCUCUUUUCGAGGCGGUAAAUAAUGAAGAAAUCUAUCCAAUUGCCUACAGGAGAGGUCCUAAAGAAGACUGUUUCUUAGUACGCCAGUGUCAGCCAGCAUUGGAUAAAUUAUUUGCACAAAAUUUGCGUUUACGUCUGCCAAAUGGCCACAGCAUUUCCAUACUCGUGCAGUUAAAUGUGGCAGAUUUUCAUCAAGGACAAAUAAGUCCGAUUGCUCAAAUAACAAAAGCUUUAAGUCAAUUGUACAACUCUAUGGAGCGUCACAAUGGCGAUGAUGGAAUAUUGAAUCUAUCACAGUUUGGAAGGAAUCCUAACUUUGCUGAUGUGGUGGUAAAUUUGGGUAAUAGUGGUGUUCUGGAGCGUAUCUGUAACUUGAUUUAUUCCAACGAUGAGAAAUUUCGCAAUGUUAACGGGAUACUGAUGAAAACUAACGGUAUAAAGACGUUAGCACCAUUAAAACAAUUUACAGGAGUAGAAUUCGCUAUACUGGAUUUAAGAGAUAAUAAGCUGCGUUCCCCCGAGCGCAUUACUCGAGAAUUAUUGCCGUUGCAAGCAGAUGAAUUAAUGUUAGCCGGAAAUCCUGUAAUCAACACAAGCAAGUUUCCUGAUUGUUUAAAUCCAGUGUUAAAAAACUUCAAACGAAUAGAUGGAAUACCGUCUGAAAAUUACUCAAAGGAUUAUUCGCCGCUAAAUAAAAAUAGUGAUAAAGACAGUGAAGGCUACCGGGUUGAUUGGUCCAAUAGAGCUGAUAUAAACAAUUUUGAAUUUAGUAACGAUUGGCACGCAGUUAUGAUACCUGAUCCCGAGCAUAACCACACGAAGGAUGAUAUCUUUAAUUAUUUUUUUAUAACCGUAUCUCCGACGUUCAGUGAUUUCUAUCCUUGCUAUUAUAAGUUUGAUAAAGGAGAACAUCAAUUUUUGGUGCGUCAAUGCUUUGAUCAAAUUAAGCAUUUGGUUGAGUACUGCAAUUUAGAAAUCGGAAUACCGCGCAUAGUGCAGCAAACAGUGACAGAAGAUUCAGAUUUGCUACCCGAAGUAGAAAUGUACUCUAAGUUGGUAUACUAUCUACUCAUGAAUAUUAGCCCUUUUAAGACAGGCCAAGUUAAUCCUUUGGAAUGUAUUGAUAAAGCAUUAAAUCGAAGAUAUAAUGCCGUAGACCGUGUGCUAAAUUUAAGUAAUUUUCAAGACACUGAAGGACUACAGAAUAUUGUGAUAAAUCUAAAUUCAAUCAACAUUCUGUCGCGCAUUUUAAUGCAGGCUUCCAAGAAGUUCGCUUCAUCUGUUGUGGAGUUACGUUUAGCUCACAAUAAAAUAGUGUUCGCCAACGUCCCCAAAGUUUUAGUACUAAUGGGAAAUUUGAAAGCUAUAGAUUUGGGAAACAAUUGGAUCCACCACCUUAAGGACGUUAAUGAAUUGUCGGUAUUUAAGUUAAAAUGUCUGCGUUUGGAUGGUAAUCCUUUAUGUUCGAAGUACAGUUUUGCUGGUGAAUAUAUCGAAGCUGUGAAGGAAAUUUUUCAAGAUUUAGAGAAUUUGGACAACAUUGAAAUAACUACGAAAGGUAAUUUAAGUUCACAAAAGAACUAUCUAUGCGACGUUGCCGCUUAUGAUCUCACCCAAGAGUUUGUAACACGAUAUUUUAAAACAUUUGAAUGCGUGAAGGAUCGUGCGAAAUUAAAGGAUGUAUAUCACGCCAACGCGAUGCUUACCUUAACGUGCAAUUAUCUCUCAGCUAAUUCCACACAGAAGACUCGUGCUCGUAUAGGCGUGUAUGGCGAUGUUAGCCGCAAUAUUUUGAAAAUGCGUGAUCUACCGCAUGCAUACGGCCCUGUUCACUACGGUCGGGAAGAAAUAAUGGCAAUAAUAAUGUCCUUACCAGACGUUUCCUUUGAUAUGUUAACGUUUAAUACCGACACUACGAUUCAUAACGAUCGCUUAACAGCUAUCACCAUAAAUGGUGUUUAUCUAGAUCAAGCUAAGGAUCAUGCUACCGAUACUGAUGUUGUGAUGGCAUUCUCACGCACUUUCUUGUUAACUCCCGUUAAACAUUUUUUGGGGCCUCUAAAUAAGGGCACGAGCUAUAAAAUUAUAAAUGAUCAGUUAAACAUACUGAAUCCAACAGCCGCACAAACGAAAAUUGCUUUUAAAUAUUUGGCAAAUGAUAACAUCGCAGACGAUGAAAACGAAAUCAGCUUGAAAACGAAGGAAUCAAUGUUGAUUAUGUUGCAAGAAUUAACGCAUUUGAAAUCUGUAUGGUGUGCCAGAUGUCUCGAAGACGCCGGUUGGGACUUGCAAAAGGCUCUUGAAGUUUUCAUAGGUCUUUGUAGAAACGACGAAAUAUCUGACGCGUCGUUUAUGUGAUUGUUUUAUAUGUUCUUUUCUAAUAUACAUGGCUGGUUUACACUCGAUUUACAAGCGGCACGCCUGUUUCGACUUACGCUAUCAAUGGAUUGCCUUUAAUACCGUUUUCAGUUGUUUUCAAAUUUCUUUCAUUUACUGUACGAUCUGCGUGGUGCUUUGUUUACUAUACGUAGUAUGUAUUUUAUUAAAAUGUAUGAAUGUGAUUAAUAAUGAUUUUAAUUAACUUUUUCAUUUAUUUGUAAUCAUUUUAAUAUAAUGCAAUACAUUUUCAUGUUCGUUUUA